CAUCUGCGAGACUGCGACUAUGUUUAGAAAUUAACAAUGAUGAAUGCAUGCAUAGCCUCGCAAUUGUAUCUGGUGUUACUGGAGACUUUCAAGGCAUUCCAUAGGCUGCAGUGUAGGGCAUCUGGUGGGUUUGCGGAGUAUUGAGAGGAUUUGUGCAUUGGACGUUGGUAGGGUGUUGGUUAUGUUUUAGAGGUGCGAUGCUAGUGGUCUAGUGUUAGAGAAAUGGGAUCCGCUCGCUUGAUAACGAUGACCGGAUAUUUCUCUGCUACAGCGGUGGUCGUGCCAGCGAGAGGUGCCGGCUCAUGUUUGAUUCUGCAGCUAUAACUGAAGCUCUAGAUCAUUUGCUUCCUCGCUGAGUGUGGUAUGCCGAAUGUUUGAAUUUGAACUGGUUAUAUUUACAUUGUCUAAUUGAUUUACAUGCUUUAGUUCGUCUCACUGCUUAAUUAGGCUCAGUUUCUUUAUGUACUUAGAUCCUUCAGCAGUGGCUUGUUCCAAAAACUUGCUAAGGUAUCAUGAUUUCCUGCCGCUUAAAUUUCAUGUUGACUAUAUGUUUUUUUCCCCUUUUGGUUUCAUUUACAUCAAUUGUUAAGAAGAAGUGUAGACAUAGUGACACAUUUGCUUGAGCUUUUAUAUUUGAGUAGUGCAUUGCGAUGGUGUGAGCUAUACCAAGUUUUGCAAAUAACCAAUGCAAGUAUGUUAUCCUAUCCAUGGGGCACUGAGAGAUGUCUGUUUCUCUGUCUCUGCAGGACUGCCUCGUUAUCCUGCACCAUAUCCUAUUGUUCGUCCAGGCUAUCCUCCACGUCCAAUGCCUCCGCCUGGUGUUCUGUCAAUUCAACGACCACCAAUGAUUCCUGGGAUCCGUGGUGUUCCUCCUGUGGUACCCCCAGCUGCCAGACCACCUGCUCCUGCAGUUACACCAGCUGAUAAGCCACCAACUGCAGUUUACGUUGGCAAGAUUGCUCCAACAGUAGACAAUGAUUUCCUUCUUUCACUUCUUCGGCUUUGUGGACCUGUCAAGAGUUGGAAGCGUGCCCAAGAUCCAAGUAAUGGAAAACCUAAAGGUUUUGGCUUUUGUGAAUUUGAAUCUGCUGAAGGAGUCCUUCGUGCGACACGGCUUCUCAACAAAUUGAGUAUUGAUGGGCAGGAACUGGUGAUUAAUAUUAACGAUGCCACCAAGGAGUACCUGAAGAAACAUGUUGAAGAAAAGAAGAGAACACAAGAGAAGGCCAAAGAAACAGAAGAUGGAGGUGGGGAUGGAGCUAUUGCUGUUCCUGAAAAUGAAUCAUCAAAGCAUGUUCCUGAUGAAUCAAAUAAGGAUACAGGAGAUGUUGGAGAUAAGGACAGUGAAGAGAACACUAAGAGAUUUGGGAUUGUUACCGAUGAAGACUCUGAGGCUGAUAAGGAUGCUGCAGAACAAAUAAGCAGUAUGAUUGAAGAAUGGUUAAAGACUAGGCCACCGCCCCCACCUCCACCAGUUCAACCAUCUGCUGAUAGUUCUGGUGUAGACAUGACAAAAACUGAUUCUGUUGAUAAGAACGAUGCUGACACUGAUAAAAGGGCAGUUAAUGAUACUGAAAAAUCAGAAACUGGCUCUCCUGAUAAGAGAAAGGAUAGAGAGCGUGAUAAGGACAAACGAGACAAAGAACUUGAAAGAUUUGAACGUGAACGUGAGCGUGAAAGAGUCAGGAGGGAUAGAGAAAGGGAUAGAGAGAAGGAUCAGAAGCAUAGAGAAGUUGAAAGGCUGUACAGGGAUCGCCUUAAGGAGUGGGAAUCUAGGGAGAGAGAGAAAGAAUAUCAAAGAAAACAUGAGAAGGAACGGGAGAAGGAAAGAGAACAUGAACGCAGAAGGGAGAUCAUGAAGCAGGAAGAUGAGAGUGAUGAAGAGGAUACUAGGAAAAGAAGGCGAAGGAGUAGUAGCACACUUGAAGAUAGGAAAAGGAGGAGGCAACGUGAAAAAGAGGAAGACUUGGCAGAUAAAGUAAGAGAGGAAGAGGAAAUUGUGGAAGCAAGGAGGCAGGCUGUAGAGUUGCAACGGCAGGCAGAUGAAGCAGCUGCGGCCGCUGCGGCCGCUGCGGCCGCUGCAGAAUCUGCUACACUUAUGGAGGUUGAUGGUGAUGAUGAAAAAGAAGAAAAAUCACAAGUCAAGACAAUUGUUGUGGAAGGUGAUAACAUUGCCAGCUUUACUAAUGGUGUUGGUGCUGGUGAUGGAAUUCAUAAGGACAAUAGUGGUGAUGAAACAAGCAUGACACCUGGUCAGAUCUCAGAUAGCAAGCAAAAUAGCAAUGCUCCAGCAAAGAAACUGGGUUUUGGGCUGAUUGGCUCAGGCAAACGGACGUCUGUUCCAUCAGUUUUUGCUGAAGAGGAUGACGGGAAUAAUGAUGAUAAGCGGAUGAGACCUUUAGUACCUAUCGAUUACUCCACUGAGGAAUUGCAAACUGUGCAGACCAAUUCUUCUACUGGGCCAAAUAUUGUAGCAGCUGCUGAGUUUGCCAAGCGCAUCUCAGUUUCAAAUUUGAAGGAAGAGAAGACUGAAACCGAGAGGGAUAGGAGUAGGAGAUCCAGUGAUAGAUCAAGCCAAAGAGAUAGAGAUCGAAAUGAUGAGGAUGUCGCUCGUGUCAAUGAUGAGCGAAGGGAAAAGAUGCAUGAUCGAGAGAAAGAUAAGCCCAAGUCAGGAAACAAGAAGAUUUUGGAUGCAAAACAAUUAAUUGACAUGAUCCCAAGGACAAAAGAAGAGCUUUUUGCCUUUGAUAUUAACUGGGCGAUAUAUGACAAGCAUGAAUUGCAUGAGAGAAUGAGGCCUUGGAUUUCAAAAAAGAUAAUCGAAUUUCUUGGCGAGGAGGAAUCAACUUUAGUGGAUUAUAUUGUAUCUUGCACCAAAGAUCAUGUCCAAGCAGAAAAAAUGCUGGAGCUACUACAGUCAAUUUUGGAUGUUGAGGCAGAAAUGUUUGUCCUUAAGAUGUGGAGGAUGCUUAUAUUUGAAAUCAAGAAAGUCGAAUCAGGACUAUCAGGAAGCAUAAAGGCAUGAGGUUCAGCCUAUUAUCCCGUAUAACCUUUCUGAUUUACUUCUCAUCAACUUUGUUCUCACUUGUAAGCUCAUACUGUACUACUAGCAUCAAAAACCAUUUUAGUGAGAUUGAAUUGAUGGUUUCCAUUUCUUCCCUUGUUCAUUGUAGAAAUGUAUACGUGAACCGAUGGUAUACUUUGCAUAAUAGCAUUUGUUCUGCAA